CGCGGCGCAGGGAACGUGACAUUGGUGAACCAUCUCGCGUUGGAGAUAUAUUUAUUUUCCCAGGAUUCGGGCAGAUCAACGCCCUUAGAGUCUGCCUGGGCUAAAAAUAUAUGAAGUGCAUCUAGUUAGCUAUGGGUAUGGAGAGUGGAAAAAUACUGGAGGAGCUCCAGUUUCUUCUUGAAGAGGAUAACCGUGUGAUAACCUACAAGUUUGUUAGUGCCAACUUUGACAUCCACAUCAAUGAAGCAAAAGAACAUCUACAGUCAUUGUGGAAGCAGUGCCAGGGAAAGGGUGACGAUGAGGUGACUGCAACAUACUUUGUGUCCGGACUGACCCACGAGGAGGGCGACUAUGCAUGCCAUAAGGCGCUCGUGGUGACCGAGGACCGGCUGGCGGCGGCCCGCGGCGCGCUGAGCUCCGUCACCUCCGAACACCUCUACAGCCUGCAGCGGCAGCGCGUGUGCCACACCAAUGUCCUGUUCGGCGCCGACCUGCAGGAGCAGCGCGCCGACUUCGUGGCCUACAACAAACACGGCGCCAUCAGCAACCCGCGGGCCGAGCUGAUCCCUCAGGCCGAACUACUGAAGGCUCGUCAGGCGACAACUACUGUGACGUCAGCACCGGCUCGGCCGGCGCCCGCCAAAGAAAAGCCGCCUGCCGUAGCCAAUCAGGAGCCGUCUGAGCCGAAGGCAACCAAUCAGGAGGCGACAGGGUCGAAUGCAGGCCAUGAGGCGGCGGCACCGAAGCAGGAGAAGGGCCGGCCGGCGGCGGCGCCGAAGCGGGGCACCAUCGAGUCCAUGUUCGCCAAGACUGGCUCUGAUAAGGUCAAAAGCCCACCGAAGAAGCCCGCCAACGUCGGCAUGAUGGCCAGCUUCCUGAAGAAGGGUGCCGAGCGGCCGGCUUCCCCGCCGCCGGCCAAGCCGGAGCCGGUGCCGGCCCGCCGCCCGGUUUCCCCGGACGCGGCCGAGGGCACCGCCGCUGCCAGCCCGACCGUCAGGUUCGGCGCCAAGAGGGGCGCCGGUCGGCAGAAGCGCGCCACCAAGGCGAACGGCGGCCGGGAGAAGAAGCGUCGCCGCAUCGUGGCGCUGGUGUCCGACAGCAGCGACAGCUCCGCCGACGAAGAGAAGCCAGAACCAGAGCCAGAGCCAGAGCCAGAGCCGCAGCAGGUGACGCUGGACUCGGACGACGAGAAACCUGCCCUCCAAGACGCAACGCCCAGACACAGGCGCAAGCUUGUCAGCAAAACGUUUUUGGAUGAUGAUGGAUUCAUGGUCACGAAGAAGGAGUACGAAACCUGUAGCGAGAGUGACUCGGAGGCUGUGGUCGGUCAGCAGCCAGCCGCCCCUGCCAAGGAGCCUGCGCCUGCCUCCACCUCCGCUCCGGCUGAGACGCAGAAGCCCAAGGCGACGUCACCGCACAAGACCAAGCAGCCCAACAUCAUGAGCUUCUUCAAAAAGAAGUGAGCUCCUUCCUCGGGAGCUGCGACACCUCGCGCUGCGGUCGCAGUCUGCGGAGUGUGCUGCGACUGUCGCAGACGGCCCGCUCCCCGUCUGCGUGCGGUGGCGCGACGGCAGGCGGCGCGGGCUGAGCGUUCGGCCACUGGCGUUUCAGGAGGAGCUGCGCACAAAUCAAUACCGCCUGGCGCUGGAUUUUGCUGAACGUCCGGCACAGUGAAAAGAUGCGCCGUGCCGUGCGACGGAGGGCGUGUGAAAGAGAGACCGGCCGCCAGCGUGCGCGAGGUCCCGCACGCGGUGCGCCGCGAGCGCUCGAGCUCGAGGCUUCGGACGGUAGACACUGCCUGCACGGCGGCGCGCGCGUGUCGGGCGCGCCGCCGUCCUGCCACGCCGCCCUGGCACUUAUUCCACGCCAGUCGCGUCGGACAUGAGCACCCUCCGGUGACCGGGCGGUGGCUGCGUUGCCUCACGCUAAGCACGGAGAUGUGCCAGCGCGUUUCGGACAAGACGGCGGCGGCCGGCGGCCCUUCGGUCGCGGCCGUCAUGACACGUGCUCUGGGCCGCCCGGGUCGGCAGUGGUUGCCUCGUGGAGUGGUUGGUUCCAGUGUGACGAGCGGCGAAGUGAUUGGUUCCGAUGUGACUAGGUGCAACGAUGUGUCGUUCAAUACACGCGUUGUUUGCA